AUGAUUGGAGCACUGAACGAUAUGGAUACAAUGGAUCAACAUACAGCUUGCUUGAUGGAGGCUGAAUCUAAUAAUUCAAAUGAUGAUGAUUUACUUAGAGAGGAGUUGAGGGAGGCUGAAGAAAGUAUCAUCAAAGAAAACACUGAGGUGGACAAGGGCAUGGGGAAGGUUCCGAGAUGGAAGAAGGCAAGAUUCUGA